AUGGAACCACCGCCGGCCCAAGCCAUAGAGAGAAGCACCCUCCGGAAGAUGAUGAACAAGAUAAAAUUGUCAAUGAAUGUUGCUCGUGCUGUUAUGACUGCACAGAUAGCUGUUUGGAUUAUUUGUGCUGUUUGGACCUCUGUUAGUACUGUUGAGGAAUUUAAAGAUCUAUCUGAUGUUCUUGUCAGGAAUAUAAUACUUUUGGUUUAG